UUGAUCGUAUGAGGGAUGGAAACUAUCAGGGUCCUCCGCAACUAGUUCCACGUGUAAUCUUUUGAUGGCUGGGGAUUGUUUUUAAAAGAUUCAAAGCUGUCAGUUUCAACUUUAACCACCUGAUGAUGUGAUAAAACCACUUUUUCCACUCAUGGAGGGCAACAGACAAGGCCAGACAAUGGAGGAGUCAACCUUUAUCACAGCUGUAAAUACUGUACCAUCAACUGGUUUUGUGCCAUCUAAUUCUUCUUGUCCUUUAUCAUAUCCAAGAGAAGCUGACUACUUACACUGACCUGUUUUGGACUUUUCCACCAGUUCUGACCCAGCAGACGUCCGGUGUGAAUCUACACAUACCACCUCAGCUACCUAUGGAUAGUAGAAGAGAUAUUCAGAGAGUAGGAGAGUCAACUGACUACAACAUGACUGCCUCAUUUAAUGGAUCUGGCAUUCCCUUUGUACAGGACAACUCAACUGCAUCGGCUUCUUUUUGGCCAAACAGCAGUUUUUCUUCUUUUUCAAGAGUUGAUGAUUGGUCCCUGUCACCUAGAAUGAGCUUCGUCCCAAGAUCACACGUCAGAGUCUCAAACUUGACACCUGGUGUGAACAUACCACCACAGCUACCUAUAAACUACAGCAGCCACAUAGAGUCUGCUGUGAGCAACAUUACCACUAGUACAGUAUUCAGUCCUUGUGUUCCUCAGUCCCAAGACACCCCAUCAACAUCUUUGUUGUCAUCCAAUUCUUUAGCUAAUUUAUCAUUUGAUUACUCUCAGUCAUCUUGCCGGGAUGUUUUCACCAGAGAUAACCUCAGUGGAACUCACUUGACACCUAAUGUGAACUUACCACCACAGCUACCUCUGGACAAUACAAGGAGGAGUCAUGCAGUGGGAGAGUUUGCUGUUAACUGCAGAGCAACUGUAGACAAUCCUUCUGUCCCUUGUUCACAAGACAUCUUCAAUCUACCAACUUGUUUUGUGUCAUCCAGUUCUCCAGCUUCUUUUUCAAGGAUUGUCAGUUAUUCACAGUCCCCUGCCAUGGAUGUUCUCACUAGAACUGACUUCAGAGGCUUACCGUCACCAUCUGGUAUGACUGUACCACCUCAGCUACCAAUGAACUAUAGAAGGGCUAGCCAGACAGUAGGGGAGUCAACUGUCAACAACUCAACUACAUUAGUCAGACCCAGUAACACUCCAGCAGUUCCACCUUUGUCAAGAGCAAAAAGAAGUCUAGCACAAUCAACAAACCUUACAUGCCUUGGUUCUGCAGCUUACAAUUCUGAAAAUCAGGCUUGUUAUUCAAGUGUUCCUUUGCCCAGGCCCUCCCCAGCAAUUGCAGUCCAAAUUGACUCAAGCAGUGUCUCAAUGGCAUCAGGAAAAAGAAAGGGGGAGAGAGUCACCUGGCUGUGGCAAUCAAUAUCGCAAACAACCCUGAGUUAAAUCUAUGGAUAUGGCAGUAAAACAAGGCACACCAACAGACGAGGAAUUAGAGAAAUUGGGGAACGAAAUUGGUGACCUUUGGAUAAAACUUGGGCGUCGCCUGGGGGUCAUGGAGCCCAAAAUAGAGGAUAUAAAACAAAGAAAUGAGCAGCUGUGUGAGAGAGGAUACCACAUGUUGAUGGACUUGAAACAAGAAAAAGGUUCUGCUGCAACCUACCAAAUCUUGAAGGCUGCAUUACAGCAUGAACUCGUACAUCGCACAGACUUAGCAGAAAAAAUUUGUUACAAUCACGCAUGGACUGUAAGUGAUGGCGAAAUCGUAGAAAGUCGAUCGCGUCGUGAACACGUGGGGACGUAAUUUACUGAGCCAAAGACCCGAGACUUGAAGACGAUGAAAUGACCAAGGUUUAUUUCGUGUCAACGAGGAAAGGUUCAAUGGUACUCGUAAAUUAUCAGACCCGCACAAUUAGAAGUGCCUGUUAAGGAUCCCUUUGAUGUGGAAAUCUUUCGGAGCAAACUUGCAGAGUAUUACAAGAGAACAGCCACGGUUCCCACCGCUGGGUGGUCCAGAAAAUCUGCCGUGAAUAUUCACAAGAUGU